AUGUAUCUAUUUUUAAUGGACGAGUCUCGCGGUGGUGACACGGGUGCCGUCGACCCGAGGGACGUCAAGAAUUUCCGCAACUUCGUGUUCGAUCUUGCAAUUCGGGACGUCCUCACGGGGCUGGCGAGAUGUUUUCUCCACGGAGAGACGUGCUUCUCCAAGAAGUACGGUCCUCGCACGAUCGAUACCUGGGCACACCGCGCUGCAUCGCGCAUGAUGCAGUAUCGCGGGUGGGCGGCACGUCUAGAUGGGGAAAAUGACCAACUAGUCAACCCCGUGACAGGCGCGGCCGAUGUAAUCCCUCUUCCUCGAGGCGGUGAGGCCUAUCAAUUGUUCCUUUUUUACAAAGAGGAACUCAAACAAGCCUAUGGGCCCGCGCUGAUGCCGGGGCAGAUCAUAGCCCCGAUCGCGCCACUCAGGUCGAUCCUGAAGCGCCGCUUCAGCGAGAUGGAUGAGGAGAAGGAGCUGGGUCGAGAGAAGGAAGAAGACAACAAAGAAGAAGAGAAGGAGGAGGAGGAGGAGGAGGAGGGAGAGCAGCCGACAAGCAAGGCCCGCUCGAGGAAGAGGGGGCCGAUACCCAAGACAAAGAAGAGAAGUGUGCGUUGGGCGGCCGAUCUUGUGGAACGCCGGGUCAUCCCGAGACGGAACAAACCUCCUCCUCCUAAGAAAUGA